UCAGUUGCCAGUUUUGUCAGUCGCGUUGUGCAUGAGUAGUUUGUGCACGCGUUGCGCAUGCAGUUCCUGCUAACUGAAAAAAAAAUCGCGGGAUUUUAAAUUGGCGGGAAUAAAGUGAUUAGCAAUAACGCGCAGACAUGGCGAUUCCGGCCAUGUGCGCACGAAUCUUCUCUGUCCUUGCUGUGGUGGCGAUGGUGAACUCCCUCACUAUGGACCGAGAAGCAACAGAAGAAUUAAUCGCAGCUGCUUCGUCGGCCCGUGACAGAGGAGAAGUCGCGAUACUGGUGCGUGGACCGCACGGGAAGAGUGCAAGACGCGAGGAGUUACUACACGCUAAGAGCGAAGAUGAUGUAUCCAUAUCGUUGUAUUACAACAGGAAAACAAACAAAGUAUCCUUGGAGAGUCUACACGGAGGCCAUCUAAAAUCUGUUUCGUGGGGUCUCAAAGAUCAUGAAAAAGGAACACUUUUGUUGGUGGCUUCGUCAAACGGCGUCAGACUAUACGCUGGUUGCGUUCCACUACAUUGGCAUUCGAUGUCCGGGACUUACGACCUUCUGGAUAUACUGAGAGACCAGAAGACGAAAUUGUAUCACGAAGAAAACGCUCCAGUCGAAAUAUACGGCAGCGAAAAAGCAGCAGUUGAAUCUUUGAGUUGUGCAAAAGACAACAUCAGACCUCCAACUCUACUGAGACUGGACGAACCUGAAUCGGACGUAGAAGAAGUCCAAGAAUUCAGAAAGAAGGAAGCUCUCAUGGACAAAGAGGAAGAAAUGCAAGAUGAUGCUACCAAUUAUUUGGAAGCUAACGGUAUUCUGCCGCAACCUUCAAGAGGAGAUAUACCUCAGUCUGCCAUUGAAUCGUGUGAUGAUGAAGUCAUCCGUCAACUGACCCUACUGCGUCAGAUCAUCGAGCACUUGCGCCGGGAGGUCGGGGAUCAGAAGCACACAAUAGACAGCCUAAGGUCUCAACUCCACCAGUGCUGCAACAGAGUACCCGUCACCCCACCCCCUGUGGAGAGAUGCUCCGGAUCCUCAUGCUACCCUGGGGUCGAAUGCCGGAACACUGUCGCGGGGUUCGAGUGCGGGUCGUGUCCGCGGGGCAUGGAGGGCGACGGCCGGCGGUGCAGACCCGUACUGUGUAACAGACGCCCAUGCUCACAAGGGGAGAGGUGCGUCGAUACGGACCAAGGUUUCCGGUGCGAGAGAUGCCCAGGGUCACAGACGAGUGAUGGCCAGACCUGCAGGACUGCGUGCAGCGCUAACCCUUGCUUUGGGGGACGAGUACCGUGCCAGGACUUACCAGACGGCAGAUACCAAUGCGGCAAGUGCCCUUCUGGGUUCCACGGGAAUGGAGUCGAGUGCUAUAGGAUAUCCUGCAGAGCAAACACGUGCUUUCAAGGUGUGAGCUGCGAGGAGACCCAAUAUGGUCCUAAAUGCGGGUCCUGUCCCACUGGGUACGUGGGAGACGGUCGGCAGUGCCAGCACGUGUGUGACGCUCAGAAGCCCUGCGGUAGAGAGCGACGCUGUAUGCCCAAGAGCACCAGCCCUUAUUACGAGUGUGAAGGAUGUCCCAGCGGCUACCAGUGGAAUGGGUACACGUGCGUGGAUAUGGACGAAUGCGAUUUGAUUCGGCCCUGUGAUGAUCUGGUCUCGUGUCGCAACGAAGAAGGCGGCUUCACCUGUGGGCCCUGUCCUCCAGGGUUCACAGGUAGCCAGGGCUGGCGAGGCACUGGCAAUGAGAGACGAAGGGAACAUUGCGUGGAUGUGGACGAGUGCGCUGACGGACGAGCCAACUGUCCAAGGGGACGGCUUUGCGUCAAUACCCCGGGCUCAUACAUCUGCGUACCCUGCGGCGGCCACUACUACGUGAACACGACGAGGCCGUGCUUCGACCCCGACUCGCUGGUGAAGCGAUGCGACCCCAGCUACUGCAGACGAUUCAACGCCGUCUGUGGUUUCGGCCAAAAGUGCGUUUGUAAUACCGGUUGGACUGGCAACGGUACAGUGUGCGGACUGGACCGAGAUCUAGACGGGCAUCCGGACGAGCAGCUGCCUUGUAAUGAGCCUCGCUGCAAGAAGGACAACUGCCCCGACGUCUCCAACUCCGGGCAAGAGGACGUGGACGGUGACGGCAUCGGGGACUCGUGCGAUUCUGAUGCAGACGGAGACGGGAUUCCCAAUUUUCCUGACAACUGCCCGUUGACCCCCAACCCGGACCAGUUGGACGACGACGAGAACAAAUCGGACGAGAGAGGAAACGCCUGUGACAACUGUCCCCGGCACUACAACCCUCGCCAGGAGGACACCGACGGAGACGGAACGGGAGACGUCUGUGAUUCGGACAUGGACGAUGACGACAUACCGAACCAAGUGGACAACUGCCCCAGGAAGUACAAUCCGCAGCAAGACGACAUGGACUCGGACGGCGUCGGCGACGUCUGCGACAACUGCCCCCGCGUCCGCAACACGAACCAAGAGGACACGGACAAGGACAACGUCGGCGACGCGUGCGACAGCGAUAUAGACCGUGACCAAGACGGGAUACAAGAUGGCUUAGACAACUGCCCGCUGAUACCGAACAGCGACCAACAGGACGUGGACCGCGACGACAAGGGCGACGUCUGUGACGACGACGACGACGGAGAUGGGAUACCGGAUCUGGACGACAACUGCCAGAUCGUGCCCAAUAGGGAUCAAAAGGACUCUGAUAAUGACGGCAUUGGAGACGCCUGUGACAAUGACAAUGACGGCGACCGUGUCAUCAACGAGCUGGACAACUGCCCGAACAAUUCGCAGAUAUUUCGAACGGACUUCAGACAGUUCACCACGGUCCGAUUGGACCCUGAAGGCGAGUCUCAACAGGAGCCCAACUGGAGGGUGACGGACAACGGAGCUGAGAUCCUGCAGACCCUGAACUCGGACCCUGGUCUGGCGGUCGGAUUCGACAGCUUCGGCGGAGUCGACUACGAGGGGACCAUCUUCGUCAACACAAAGAUAGACGACGAUUAUGUUGGAUUCAUUUUUGGAUACCAAAGCAACAAGAGGUUUUAUGUGGUCAUGUGGAAGAAGGAUAAACAGACUUAUUGGCAGAAGACUCCGUUCAGAGCGGUCGCCGAGAACGGCAUACAGCUCAAGCUGGUCAACUCGAAGACCGGCCCGGGGAAGAUACUCAGGAACGCUCUCUGGAAUACUAACUCUACCCCGGAUCAGGUCACCCUGCUCUGGAAAGACCCUCGCAACGUGGGCUGGCGCGAGCAGACGGCCUACCGCUGGAAGCUCCUCCACCGCCCCAAGAUCGGUCUCAUCAGACUGAAGAUGUACGAGAACAACCGCCUGGUCGCGGACUCUGGGAACACCUACGACUUCACCCUGAAGGGGGGGAGACUAGGAGUGUUCUGCUUCUCCCAGGAAAUGAUCAUAUGGUCUAAUCUACUCUACAAAUGUAAUGAUAAGAUUCCGGCGAGCAUAGCUUCGGAGAUUUCAACAAGGAACCAUUUCGAAAUCGACCAAGAUUAUUUCACAAACGAGUAGCCACAGACGAACGGACGUGUCGAUUAACAUUUUUUUAUAAUUAAUGCAAUUAAUCUGUAAAUACCCUCGUUCGCGCAGAACGUGACGUACGGAUGUGCUUAUGUUAGUUGUUAAGUUUAAAUGAAUAUA